CUGGGUAUAAAAUGGCCUCACCAAGACACCAUAGGUAUUGUUGGAUUUUGUGAAUAUGCAUAGUGGCAUCAUGGAGGCAGGAAGGUUGUGUAUUGGCCUUGUGAUUCUUGGGUUUUUUGGCUGUUUAUGUCAUGCUCGGCAGUCCCAUGAGUCUGUGAAUCCCCACGCUCUGGCAACAACCCCCUGGUAUCACCGAAAACCGGCAACCACUCAGGCACCUGCCACAGCCCGGCCAACCUUUGGAAGGCCAGCAUCUCCCCCGGGUCUAUUCACACCCCACCCAACUAUUGGGGCGCCCAAGGGAACCACCAUCCUGGCACCCACUCUACCCAGGCCAGAUUCUGUCCAUGUCCAUUGUGGAGAAACCUUAGUGCAGUUGGAAGUGGAUGUGGACCUGCUUGGCAUUGGUAUUCUGAUCCAGCCAUCUGACAUCACCUUGGGAGGCUGUGGGCCUGUUGGACAGGAUCAUUCUCAUCUCCUCUUUGAGGCUGAGCUGCAUGCUUGUGGCAGCACGCUGACGAUGACUGCAGAUGCACUCAUCUACACGUUUGCCAUCAACUACCAACCCAAAGCGAUUGGGGAUACUCCCAUCAUCAGAACCAGUGAUGCAGUGAUUGGUGUCCAGUGCCACUACAUGAGGCUGCACAAUGUGAGUAGCAAUGCACUGAACCCAACCUGGAUUCCCUACCACUCUACCCUGUCUGCUGAGGAUCUCCUUGUCUUUUCCCUGAGGCUCAUGGCUGAUGACUGGCAGCUGGAGAGGACAUCCAACGUGUUCUUCCUGGGAGACCUCAUUAACAUUGAAGCCUCUGUGAUCCAGGCCAAUCAUGUGCCCCUCCGUGUGUUUAUGGACACCUGUGUGGCCACUCUGGCUCCCAGCAUGGAUUCAGUCCCCAGAUAUGCAUUUAUUGAUUACCAAGGGUGUCUAAUUGAUUCCAAGCUGACUAGCUCCCGCUCCAAGUUCCAGUCCAGGAAACGGGAUGAAAAGCUGCAAGUUCAGCUAGAUGCCUUCCGAUUUGCCCAGGAGACCAGGAGCGAGAUCUACAUUUUCUGUCACCUGAGAGCCACUGCAGCAUUGCCGGAUUCUGAGGGGAAGGCCUGCUCGUUCCUUCCGUCAAAGGAUGGGUGGGUUAGUGCUUCUGGAGAUGACCAGGUAUGUAGCUGCUGUGACUCUGGCUGUACCAUAAGGAAGGGCAGGAGUCUGGAACCUGCAGCUGCACAGUAUAGUGCCAGUGCCUUCCUAGGACCCAUCACUGUCCAGAGACCUACUAAUGAAGUCUUGCCAAAGCUGAACACUCCCUUGAAGGCAGAAGAUCACAGGGCAGCAGGUCUCUCCCCUGAUGCUGUGGUCAUGGCUGGAGUGGUGGCUGCAGUGGGACUGGUCUGCAUGAUUGUGCUGGUGAUGGUGCUCAGGAGAUCCAAACGUACAGCUUUGUAACCCACAUGUUUGGAUAAUGAAUAAACAUGACUUCCCCC